AUGUCAAAAUUUGAUAAAGACUUGUUGACUCCGUGUCCAAUUUUACGCCCCACUGAGGCAGAAUUCAUGGACCCUAUUGGAUAUCUAUCCAGUAGUCCUAUAUCGGAAUUGGGAAAAAAGUAUGGUAUUGUGAAAAUUGUCCCACCAGAGGACUGGAAACCCAGUUUUCAAAUUUCACCUUCUUUCAAGUUUCAUGUCAGGCAGCAAGUCAUUAGUGACUUGGGAAUCACAACUAGAUCGAGAAAGUUCUUUAGAGAGAGUAUCAACCGGUUCUUGAAUAUGAGAAGAAAGCGGUUAUUGAAGCUCAGUUUUAAAGUUGACGGCCAUAAAAUUUACUAUUAUGAUUUGUACGUACUUGUGGAGAAGUUGGGAGGCUUCCAAGCAUUGGAUAAGUCAAUUUGGCAGGAAGUGAACAAGACUUUUGGAGUUGACCCAAAGUCACGAGUCAUCGAAAUGGAAUAUAACGCAUCCAUUAAAUAUUAUGCCAGCUUUUUAAAGUGCAACAAAUCUGUUGAAUUUCCCGAGAGCGAUUCCGAUAGUGAAUCAGAAAACUGCUUAAUCUGUGGUGAUAAUGACAACCCGCAGGAGACCUUGCUUUGUGAUCAUUGCGAUCAUGCGUUUCACAUGAAGUGUUUAAAUCCACCAUUGAGCCAAAUUCCAGCAACAAACUGGUACUGCGACAAGUGUCUCGUUGGCACCGGAGACUAUGGUUUUGAGGAGCAUCCUGAAAUCAAGUACAGCAUCCCUGAGUUCUACAAAAUGUGCCAGGAGUUUGAUGAGAAUUUUGCAAAGGAUUACAACGAGAGUAAAAAGCCAACCUUGGAUGAACUAGAGGAAAAGUUCUGGUCUUUUGUUGACGUUGAAAAGUCGGACUUGGAAGUGUUAUAUGGUGCCGAUAUACACAACUUAAAGCCAGGUGAAAUAAGUGGGUUUCCUAUGGCAAACACUCCCAGCAUAGAUUUGGCAAAUGCCGAAAACCGCUUUUACAUAAACCAUCCUUACAACCUCACCAAAUUGCCAUUUGCCAAAGGGUCGCUACUAAACUACAUCAACACAUCAAUCUCGGGUAUGACUGUACCUUGGAUUUAUAUCGGUUCACUACUCUCGACAUUCUGUUGGCACGUUGAAGACCAUUACACUUUAUCUGCCAACUAUUGCCACUUUGGAGCAACCAAAAAGUGGUACGGAAUACCCUCGUCUCACGCAGAUCAGUUUGAAAUGUUGAUGAGAAAGUCGGCUCCCGACUUGUUUAAAAAACAGCCAGAUUUAUUGCACCAGUUGGUGACUUUAAUAAAUCCCGCCGAGUUGGUGCGACAUGGCAUACCCUGCGUAUAUGCUGACCAGGGCCCCAGAGAGUUUGUAAUUACAUACCCAAAGGUUUACCAUGCUGGAUUUAAUAGUGGAUUCAAUUUCAAUGAGGCAGUGAAUUUUGCUAUGGACGACUGGUUGGAGUUUGGAGAACGGUCAGUACAUGAUUACAGGCCAAUCAAGAAGGAGGAUGUAUUCAAUUACUACGAAUUAGUGGAGAACAUUUUAAAGGACUUUAACCAUCAUUCAAAGCGGGGAAAUUUGAGCUUGGCAAAAAGGAGCAUAGAUGUACUUGAAAGGUUUCUAAAUGAUCAAGAGAUCCUCUUGCGUAGUGCGAAGCUCAAAAACAUGGAGAUUGAGUACAGACCCAAAGCUUACAAGAAACGUCAGUUUGACUUGGAGCAAAAGGGUGAGAUUGAGGAUGAGGUAGAGGAUUUAUGCUUCAAGUGCAAGACACAUUUGGGUUAUCAGUAUUGCGAGUUGUAUAGCGCACCUGGUGAAGAUCAAGACAAGUCUAUUUGCGAAGGAAUUAAACAUGAGAGAUCCGAGUACGAACAACAGCUUCCUACUCCUGAAAUUUCACCACAAGAAGAAGUCGUCAGGGACACUUCUUCUACCGAUGCAAGCACUUUAUCUGAAUCUGCCAGCUCCAUUCAAUUACAAGCUAUUGCAAAAGCGAAAUGUGUAAUGGAUGAGUAUGACAUUUUGAUUUCUCAAGCAAAGAAGAGAUCUUGUGAACCUGAAGAGGAGUCCGAUUCCAAAAGACGGAAGUCAAGGAGGUUACGUUCACUAGAGGAGGAGCAAUUUCAGAAAAAGGCGGUAAACAAGCACGUCGAUGGUAAGAUGAAAGGAAUGAAAAGGACAAAACACAGGGCGAAAAUUGCUACCGAGUCGAGAAGAGUCUGCUUAAAGUGCAUCUUAGACCUUGAAUGUGUUCCUACCAACACCAAACUAAUAUACCAGAGUUAUCCUCAAAAGUUGAGACAGACAAUCGAUGAUGCAAAGGCAAACGUGAACGUACUACAAAGUGUAUAG